AUGCCAUUUUAUUCGUGGGACGAUCUCUACAAACAAUAUUUAAAAAUGAUAACAAAUAUUAUCAUCUUGAGUGUACUUAUUUGUAUUUCUUUAUCGUUUUGGAUUGUGUCCAUGACUGCGAGCACCUAUUAUGGUGCUUUACGCCCUAUUUCUCCAUGUCGCUGGUUGUUUUCAAUUCUAAUUCCACUAAUGAUUGCUUCACGUGGAUUUAAGAAGAAAAGUCUAGAUCAUGGUGGAGCAAUAGGAGGUUUAUUAGUUGGAUUUAUUCUUACUGUUGCAAAUUACAGCUUUUUCACUGCCUUGCUCAUGUUUUUCAUUACAUCCUCUAAACUUACGAAGUGGAAAGGAGAAGUAAAAAAGAAAAUAGAUUCUGAAUACAAAGAAGGUGGACAGAGAAAUUGGGUGCAAGUUUUCUGCAAUGGUGGUGUACCUGCAGAAUUGGCACUACUGUACAUGAUUGAAAAUGGACCUGGUGAAAUUCCAAUUGACUUUUCCAAACAGUAUACAGCAUCCUGGAUGUGUCUGUCUUUGCUGGGUGCUUUGGCCUCCUGUGCUGGGGACACAUGGGCCUCAGAGAUUGGUACAGUCAUGAGUCAUGAACCCCGGUUAAUAACAACCUGGGAAAAGGUUCCAGUAGGUACCAACGGUGGUGUCACUGUAGUUGGCCUAAUCUCAAGCCUGCUUGGGGGCACAUCAGUAGGAGUGGCUUACUUCAUUUCUCAGUUGCUCUUUGUGAAUGAUCUGGAUAUGUCUGCUCCACAAUGGCCAAUUAUUGUGUUUGGUGGAAUAGCUGGCUUACUGGGAUCAAUGAUUGAUUCUUACUUGGGAGCCACCAUGCAAUACAGUGGUUUAGAUACUCGCACUGGAAUGGUUAUCAGCCAUCAGACAGAAGACACAAAGCAUAUAUCUGGAAAACCUAUUCUAGAUAACAAUGCAGUGAAUCUUUUUUCCUCUGUAGUUGUUGCUUUGUUGUUGCCUGGUCUGGCAUGGGGUUUUUGGCCAAGAGGGUAAACUCUCAUGAACAUAUCCUGAAUAGACAAGCUAUGACUGAAGGAUUCCCUACA